GUUAAAGGCAAAAGUGCAGAUAAGACAUCUUAACCAGCAUUUACUUCAAACCUUCUUGCGUGUAUGUAUUCUGUACAUCUUUCAUCAAAACCAACAUCACAUUCCAUGACCAUCUUUAUCAACACAUUCAAUUCACAGUAGGAAAAGUGAUCAUUGAGAGCAGUCGUGUGCAAUCUUUUAUCGUUCUUCCAAGCCGGAUACAUGCUCAAGAGUGAUCAUUGAUAUCCCUAUCUCACCCUUCAACCUCAAAAGCAUCACGUACUGUGCAGCCACCCAUCGAUCGUCUAAACAGAACAUAAUCCUGACUGGCAACUAUGUCUUCGACACGUGGACGAAGUGCCGCUGCCGAUGAAGCAGAAAAUGCUUCUGUUGCCGUUGCAAAUGAAGAAGCGGCAGCAGAUGUAGCCCAAACCACAACUGACGAACAGCCAACCAAUGGCAAUGAUGCCGAUGCUGCUGCAGACGAAAACGACGAAGAUGCAGGCGGAAGUGGCGACUCAUCCAGCGCAACCACAUCACGUAGCCGAAAUACCAAAAAGCGUGCUUCAAGCAGAGGCAAAAAAGGUAAAGCUUCAAGAUCACGCAAUUCAAAGAACUCACAAUCCGUCGAAGCAGAUGAAGAUGCUUUCGUUGAUGCAAGUACAGGAAAUGCAGAUGCGGAAGGAGAGGCAGAUACAACGAUCAAACAAGAAGAAGCGGAUGCAGCACAAGGUGAUUCAGAAGAAGGUACAGAAGAAGAGAAAGCUGCCAGGCGACAGCGAUCCACAAGCGGAAUCAAAGAGUUAGCUGGGCUUGGAUUGCAGUCCCUUGGCGAUGGACAAGAGGAGCCAUUGAUGCCUCGAAGAAGCAGAAGAUCAGCAAUGAGUCCCAACGAAGCUUCACGUAAAACUGCAAAGGAAGAAGAAGAAGGUGCAGAGGAGCCAGAAAUUGAGGCAGGGAAAGAAGAACCAUCCGCCGAUAAUGCCGUUGAGGAGGUGGAUGAAAAGCCAGCCCCUGAAGAACCACCAGUCGAAAAUGCUGAGGUAGUAGAGGGGGACGCGAUCGAGGAACCAGCUCAACCUGGCAUGGAAGAAGACGAUGGCGAUGAAGGUGUGACAAGAUGCUUAUGCGGCAGCACAGAUGAGAACGUCGGUCUAAUGAUUCAAUGCGAAGAGUGCAAGUGUUGGCAACAUUGUAUCUGUAUGGGAAUGAUGACCGAAUCGCAAUGUCCGGAUGUGUAUUAUUGUGAACAGUGUAGGCCCGAGCUACACGUUCCCCUAUUGCGGAUAUUGGGAGUCCUUCCAUCAGUCAAAGGAGCAAAGAAAGGAUCAGUCAAGACUCACCACAACCGACAAGGUGUUCGCGAUUCAAGCAAAGAACUCAAAGAGGCUAAAGAGGCAGUACUAGCUCUAGCAAAAGAGAAUGAGAAUCGAAGGUUAGAAGGAAGAGAUCCAGUUACUGGAUGGACAGUGAUGCAACAACAGGAACAAGAAUCUUUACGUCAAUCAGUGGAUCAUUCGGAAGAACAAGCCAGACUAGGAUUAGGAAGCGCUUCGCACAAACGACAACAAUCAGAUUCAACCCGCGUACAAAGGUCUGCCAGUCGAGACGAUAUUCCAGUGCCCAAAAGUCCACCAAAAAGACGCAGUACGAUGAACAGUCGCGAUUCAGUGUAUGGCUGGGAACCCAUUCCGCCUGGACUGCUUAAUGAAGAUGAAGUAUGGGACGCGGAAGCCAGAGAGGCACAUGAGGAAGCAACUCGUAAGCGCAAGCGUGGUGGAAGGGACGAAGAGAACGCACCUUCUCAUCCAGCAAAUGGACAGACAGCUAAUGAUGGCUAUCCCAAGAGGAGACGUACGAGUCCCGGCGUAGAAACGAUUGAUGAGGAAGGCUUGGAAGGCGAAGAGGAAGAAGAAGGUCCAGCUUCACAACCAUCCAAAAGAGUCGCUGCAUCUUCUCAGAAACGUAAUGCGAAAGACCCUGAUCGUCCAAAACACCCGAACCAAUACACAAAACGAGCAGCAGCCGCAAACGCAGCAGCAUCUGGCACGGAAACAGGACCUGGUCCAAGCCCACACAAGACUCGUGGCGAUGGCACAAGACGGUCCAAUCGAGAGACUGCUGGAAGUAGUCGUAUGGGCACGCCUGUCCCUGGAGAAAGUUCUUCUAGUCGCAAAGGUGAUGGUACUUGGGGCCUUCCUGAUCAUCUUGCGCACUUGUCCUUCCUUUUGCCACCGGGUGUGGGACCUGAGCUACUCAAAGUCAGCGUGCCAUCAUCCAAGAGCGGUCCAAAAGGUUCAGCGAGCACCGGAUCUGGUGCUACACGAGAUGCAAAGACGGAUCGAAUCAUCAAAGCAUCACCACAGCCGUUCAAUAUUAUCAAUUUGACGGAAAGCACAACAAAGAUCAAAUACCCCGGCAAACGAAUGACGAUGGGAGAAAUGCGAAAGAGAGUGAGAAAUAUUUUGGAAUUCGUUAGUAGAUUACAAAUCGAAAGUGUUGAACGUGAAAGAAGGAUGAAAAUUUUAGGAAUCUCUCGUGAUCCAAGUAGCGGUGCGAUCACCAGCGGUCCAAGCAGUGAACCGAAAGAAUCUCAGAGUAGAGAUGAAGAACCUGCUGUUGCUGCUGCAAAAGCUGCACGGGAAGAAGAAGCAAAGACUGCAGAAGGUGUUGCAGAAGCAAAGAUGGAGGAAGCAGACGAAAAUGUCAAUGAAGCGAAAGCUGAAGAAGUAAAGGACACAGAGCAGACACAGGAAGAAGAUACCAGCAUGAAAGAUGUACAAGGCGAUACUGAAGGGGAGAACGCUCCCGAAGCAACUGCUCAAGCUGCUCCCGAAUCAUCUGAGAUCAAGAAUGAGGAGCCUGCAACGAAUGCGUCAGAGGAGAAGGCGCCAAACGAAGAAACUGCUGCAGAGACACCGACUAUUGUCGAUCCUAUAUUGAUUGAGGACAACCCAGCUUCAGAUCCAUCCAAUGCUUCUGGUGUAGCUGCGUUUGCCAACAUUGGAGGAUCAUCAAGUAUGGCUCUGGUAGAUGAAUUGACGAGAGAAUUAUUAGCUUUUCAAACUCGCUUCGGCACAGGAAAUACUGUUGCUAUGUCAUCUGCUCUAGGAUUUUGAGAUGUCCGCUUGUAUUCUUUUUCCGUUUCAGCAUGUAUAAUAGGAUCUGUGUAAUGCAUUUGUUAAACUCGA